AUGAAUUCAACUAAUGCUGUUUUAGAAAAAACUUCUCGAACUCAGAUGUAGACCAAUGAUGUGAACUCAUGGUUAAGAAGAAGACAUUUCAAUAAAGUAAAAUAAUAAUAUCUCCUACAUCCCGAUUAGAUUAAAUAAGAAUAGGUUAUAAAGAAAAUAUUUAUUAAUUUUGACAGAGAUAAAUCAAAAAAUAUUGAUAUUAGUGAAAUGUAUGAUAUGUUUUAAAAAUAUGGGUUUGGAGUGACAGAAAAAUAGCUUAAAGAUUUUUUUAGAGUGGUUGACAAGGAUAAGGACAAUGCUUUGAAUUGGGAUGAAUUUAAAAACUCUGUCAUAGAUGCUGAUGCUUCGAAAAUCUUCUAUAACAUCAUUAAAGAAGUUCGACAAAAUUCAAAUGUUGAAUCUUCUAGUAAUUUUGGAUACAUUCCUUUUUAAUUUAAUGACAUGAUAAGCUAUUUAAAUUAUUUAAUAAGUAGAAAUGAAUUAUAAGAAUCAAUCAAGCAAAAUUCAUUAACAACUUACGAAAGGUUUCAAUAGUACCUCCAGUUGAUCUAACUGAAUUAGCCCUAGAAUUAAAACUAUAACUAUUAAUAACACAAUCGAAUAAACGAAGAAAUGAAGGAACAAACAUAGGACGAACUUGAAUUUACCAAAAUUAACUCUAAUAAAUUCACUUAUUCAAAAACAUCAUUUUAUAAUACAAAUGAUUUACCAUUAUUAUUGAAAUUGAAAUCAAAUAAAAAGUAAAAUGUUUAAAAAGAUCAUAAUAUGAGAACCAGCAUUGAUUCCUAAUAGACUUAUCUUUCUAAUUAAUUUAGUUUACAAACCAACCCUAAAUCAGACAGGUACAUUAGUUAAAAAAUGGUUAAUAAUCACAUCCUAAUAUUGAACACCUCAUCAUAACAUAAAAUGCCUCCAAGUGAUAAAUACAACAAAUCUUAAAAUAUCGACUCUAAUGUGAAAUCGACACCCUAUUUAUAGUUAAAUAUUAAUAAGAUUAAUUCAAGUUAUAGAGAACACUUUUAAACUGAACCCAAUAAUAAUAAUAAGUAAGAUUCCAAAAAUAAAAUUGAUCAUCUGCCAAUAACUUUGAUUAAUGAAUUAUAGAAGUUUUAAAUCUUAUCUGGAAAUCAUAAAAGAAGACAUACUAAUUUUAUCAAAACUUCGCAAAAUAAAUAAGGUGACGUUAAUCCAAAAAAGAUUACUUCAUUAUUAAAAACUUCAGCAGAUUUCAAUCCUCAUUCUCCAAGUAAUAGUAAAUUAUGUACACCUAGAUUCUUGAGAGAUGAAAAAUGCAUAACUUACAGAAAAACUACCAAUAGGCCUAUUUUCUAAACCUAUUCUUAGUAUAAUAAAUCAGAGAAACCACUAUGUGUUACUUUAAAGGGCAAAUCUUUGUAAAUAAAAUGA